CUCAGCCCAUAGCUUCAUUCAACUCCUAUCCCACCGACCCGCAUGUCGGCGAAUACGUCACGAUGGACCCGCACGCUCACCCUCCCCCCAGUGAGCAACCCCCUCGAGUGUCCCACGAAGAUGUGGUAGCGAUGAUGGAGUCCGCCGUUGGCGAAUUCCAGGGCUUCAUAAAACGCCCGGGUGACUUCGAGGUCAUCAUGCGGGAGUAUCUCAGCCUCCAUAACAAAGACACUACGAGGGCAAUCGGUAUGCCGACCACCUUUGGCGAGAAGCGGAAUCUGGUCCGGGCCCUGUUUGAUGCCUGCCACGACUUCGGGCAGAUAUACGAGCCGGCACACGGCCAAAGUGUCAAGAGACUACAGAACGGUUACUAUACCGAUCUCGAGAACGAGCUAAUCCUCUGGAAGCUCCUGGAGUCAAUUUGUGAGGCCCAGCGUGGCCAUUGCUUAAUUCCUCAAUACUCCAAUUGUCGGGAUCGGGCCUACGACCAUUACGACAACUUUCAGGCCCGGUUUAACUCCACCAUUGAGGCCCUUCGUUCUUCGAAGGACCUUGUCGCAUCCUUAUUCAGCAACGAACAGUUUCUCAAGGCCACUAACAGAAACCUCAACAAUAAGAGGGACAUGCAGAAGGCGAUCGGCAUGCACGUCGCGGCGCGCGACGAUAUCCACGAAAACAACGAUGGCGAGCUCGUUGAUUCCAGCGGCCAAGUCUACGGCCGAGCGAAGAAGCGGUCGAAGGCACUCGAUAACACGCUCUCGAAAGUGCAGCCUCGUAACCGCACUACUACCAGUAACCGACGCGGUCGCGUGACACCCCCGACCCGCCGAGAAACCACCACCAGCGCCAGCGACAGCUCUCCCGCUGUCGCUGUCCCUGACGCAACUGCCAACGCGACGGUUAGUCGAGAGCCGAGCCAUGACCCCCGCGUCCCCCAACCCCUCCCCGACACGAUCUCCCCGCCCAUGGGAAUGAACCAGCCCUUGUCUUCCCUGCCGAUUGCCCCCAUUCCCCUCGAUACCCCACAGAGCCAGCACCUCACGAACGCGGAGCCUGGUUUUGACUACCUCGCUAGCGCAGAGCCCGGUUUUGACAACUUGCCAGCGCCGAUCACCGGGCCUAUGUCGCUCUUCACCAACGGCCUGGACCCCGACCAGCCCUUCGUCGAUCCGUACCCGCCGCUCACCUUCGCCCCGGAGCCCGCGGGGCUGGCGGCCGCUGGCCCCACGACGGAGCAGGCCGCGUGCCUCGUCCGGGACGCCGUCUUCACGGAAACCUUUGACUUUACCGACGACUCGAUGUUCCAGACGGUGGUCGGAAACUGGGAAUUCGGCAACGUCGACUUUAACUUGGACUUCGGCGCCGGCAUGAACGGGACGCUCUGACUCGGGUGCACGAACCGGGCAUGGGGCGGGCCCCUGUGGCUCUGACUAGCCGCUCCGUGACGAUCUGACGAUCUAACGAUCUCACGAUAGUACGAUGUUACGGUUUCCCGACCGUCCCUACUAUUCUGCUGUUGCUGUUUCUUCGUUUCCUUCUUCACUCCUCAUUAUUGCUUUUCAUGUGGGAUUUACGUUGCUACACACGGU